CGUUAGGGACAAAAGAAAAACACAGAAGCAAAGAGAGACCCUCUGCCACGCCUGGAUUUUCCAGUGGUCUGUUUGUGGAAUUCUGUUGAGGCAGUAAUUGAAGCCAGAACAAACGUAGCCGCUAAGAAUAACUCCAGUCAGGGGGGGACAGGGACUUUGGGUCUUGGGCGGGAGUCUUUACACAGAGCGAUGGCGCAGAGGUAAAAAAAGGGAUGGACAGCUGGACAAAAGUCUUCAAGAAACAUUUUGGACUCUACUGACAUGGAAUUUUACAGCAAAGAGUAGAGUUCUAAGCUUUCAGAACCUUCUCUGCUUUUCAUCCUCGACCCCAGGAGGGGAUGAACUUUGCCCUUCAGGCGGUUGGCAGCUCUGGUCGUAAUCAGGGAGGUCGUGGGUCCUCUGCCGGCGGUGGCGGCAGCGGCGGAGCGACCAUGGAGAACUUGGAGAAGCAGCUGAUGUGUCCCGUCUGCCUGGAGAUGUUCUCCAAGCCGGUGGUCAUCCUGCCCUGCCAGCACAACCUCUGCAGAAAAUGCGCCAACGACAUCUUCCAGUCGUCCAACCCUGCGGGGCAGUCACGCAGCUCGUCCAGCGUGGCCACCAGCGGGAGUCGCUUCCGCUGCCCGUCGUGUCGUCACGAGGUGGUCCUGGACCGCCACGGCGUGUACGGCCUGCAGAGGAACCUGCUGGUGGAGAACAUCAUCGACAUGUACAGACAUCAGGAGGCCUCACGGGCAGUUAUAGUCAAGCCUGAGACGCAACAGCAGCUGACAUGCGACGAGCACGAAGACGAGAAGAUCAACAUCUACUGCCUGUCCUGCCAGACGCCCACCUGCUCCAUGUGCAAAGUGUUCGGCCGGCACAAAGAGUGCGACGUGGCGCCGCUCAGCAGCGUCUACCUGCGGCUCAAGACUGAACUCAGUGACAGCAUCGCCGGUCUGGUUGCCAAUAACGACCACAUCCAGGCUGCCAUCACGCACAUGAAGGAAGUAUGCAACGCCAUCCAGGAGAAUGCUUGCCACCGGCGCGAGCAGGUCGCCAGCGAGCUGGAGACGCUGACGGCCAUCUUGGAUGAGCGGAAACAGGAGCUGGUGCGUCUGAUCACCAGGGAGCAGGACGAAAAGCUGCAGCAGGUGCGGGCGCUCGUACGACAGCACGGCGAGCGGCUGGAGGCCUCCGUGACGCUGGUGGAGUCGGCCAUCCAGGUCGCAGAAGAGCCGCACAUGGCGCUCUUCAUCCAGAAUGCUGCUGUCAUACUGGACAAGAUGUCGGCGACCACACGAGACGGCAACGACCUGCGUCCGCAACUCGAAUACGACAACAUGAGCCAUUUUGUCAUCGACGUCGACGACAUCGUUGAUAUGUUGACCAGCAUCGACUUCUGCCACCUGGUGGAAGGUGAAGACGACCUCGAGGACGACUCAGAACUGGACUGACCCGCCAUCAACACAGGUCCGUGCGCAACACCUUUAAGUUUCUUCUCGGCACAAGUUGUCUUUUAACAGACAAACACGUGUUGCUGCUGAGUCGUAUGGAGUGUGAAAAUGUUUUUUUUUUUUUUUUUUUUUUUUAAACUGAUGGAUUCCCCUCGCCCACACGGGAACAGUUGACUCAGCAAACAAUAACAAUAAUGACAAAUGGCCGCCUCCAAAAGAGAAACACUGGCUUUACUUACCAACAUUCUUUUGGCGCAGUGGGAGAGUGGCCGUGCGCAACCCGAGGGUCAAUCCCCACCUAGUACCAACCUCGUUACGUCCGUUGUGUCCUGAGCAAGACACUUCACCCUUGCUCCUGAUGGGUGCUAGUUAGCGCCUUGCAUGGCAGCUCCCUCCAUCAGUGUGUGAAUGUGUGUGUGAAUGGGUAAAUGUGAAGUAGUGUCGAAGCGCUUUGAGUACCUUGAAGUUAGAAAAGCGCUAUACAAGUACAACCCAUUUAUCAUUUAUUUUAGGGACUCCUACCAAUGAGAUCCACAUGGUCCCUGCGCCACAUUGAGCUCCAUUUACUCCUCUAUAAGUCACAGUAAUCUACAAGGUCCCUGCAAUUCAUCAGGGACCUCAUGUAUUAAGAGUUGCAUGGAUGUCCUACUAAAAAUAGACGUACGUUACAAUCCAAAAAAACCUCAUACACAAGAAUCAUACACAAAUGUAUUAAAGUGUGCAUGCAUUCAUGCGCACGCACAAAUCCAGGCACAUUUCUUUUUUACAUCACAUCAGACCUGGAAAUGACUGAAGAUAUUUGCCUGGCUGGCCAGCUUAGGCCAGGCCCCAUUAUUAAUACGCAAAUCAUAUUGAUCCGCUGACAGGCUGAAAUAAGAAAGAAAUGUUGACUGGAGAUAAAUUUGUGGAAAUUUUGAAAAAUAUAGUCAUUACAAUGACAUGUCAAACUUAAGAAGAAGUGCGUAACUCUGAUAACCCUUAAUAUAAAUAUCACUUCUGUAAUUAACAUCAAAAUAUGUUUAUACACUAGAGCAGUUGUUCUCAACCUUUUUUCAGUGACGUACGUCCUGUUAACAUUUUUUUAAUUCAAGUACCUCCUACUCAGAGCAAAGCAUUUUUGGUUGAAAAAAAGAGAUGAAGAAGUAAAAUCAGUUUCUGAUUUAUUAAAUUGUAUAACAGUGCAAAAUAUUGCUAAUUUGUAGUGGUAUUUCUUGAACUAUUUGGAAAAAAAGAUAUAAACAUAACUAAAAACUUGUUGAAAAAUAAACAAGUGAUUCAAUUAUAAAUAAAGAUUUCUACACAUAGAAGUAAUUAUCAACUUAAAGUGCCCUCUUUGGGGAUUGUAAUAGAGAUCCUUCUGGAUUCAUGAACUUAAUUCUAAACAUUUCUUCACAAAGAAAGAAAUCUUUAACAUCGAUAUUUAUGGAACAUGUCCACAAAAAAAUCUUGCUGUCAACACUGAAUAUUGCAUUGUUGCAUUUCUUUUCACAGUUUAUGAACUUACAUUCAUAUUUUGUUGAAGUAUUUUUCAAUAAAUAUAUUUAUAAAGGAUUUUUAAAUUGUUGCUAUUUUUAGAAUAUCUUUAAAAAAUUCAAAAAAUCUCAAGUACCCCCAGGGGUACACGUACCCCCAUUUGAGAACCACUGCAGUAGUGUGUUCACAGCCAGAUUAGUUUCAUGCGAAAAUGUUGCAAUAUUUGGUUUGCAAUCAUUUAAAUUCAAACCACAUUGUCUGUAAAAUCCAUAAAAUGGACUCAACUCUACCAGAUUUCUCUGAGGUCCCUGUGAAGUGAAGUGUAUUUAUAUAGCACUUUUCUCUAGUGACUCAAAGCGCUUUACAUAGUGAAACCCAUUAUCUAAGUUACAUUUAAACCAGUGUGGUUGACACUGGGAGCAGGGGGGUGAAGUGUCUUGCCCAAGGACACAACAGCAGUGACUAGGAUGUCAGAAGCGGGUAUCGAACCCAGAACCAUCAAGUUGCUGGCACGGCCGCUCUCUCAUCUGAGCUAUGCCGUCCCUACACACCCUCCAAGUGCCCCCUUUUUUCACUACCCUGCAGGCAAGAAGGGGGCGCGGUCCACAGCGUCUCACUCUACCAAGUCACUUCUUUACCUGUCAAGGUCCUUUGGCCCUCAUUACGCCCUGGAAAGUCUCUGGAGACGAUACGCUCACAGAACAUUUAUUUCUUGUACUAUAUCAGUAUGUGUUAUGUUUUAAAGAUGGAAACAUGGUUUGUGUUGACUUAAAAUAUAUUUUUACUCCUUAAAGUUGCAGUGACUCAAGUGCAAAGAUUUAAACUUGUUUUAUUAGAAAAUAUAAAUGUCGGACACAAAGACAAUGUGAUGGAUGGUAUUUAAACACAACUUCCCAGUCUGUAAAAGGGGCGUCGCCAGACAUAUUUCACUGGGGCACGUGCCCCACUGUUGAUCUGCAGUGCCCCAGUAAAAAUUUCACCAAUAAAAAAAACCAAAACACUU